CCCGCAGCCCUCUCCUCGUAGUGGCCGGCGAAGGCUGCGCCGGUGGCUUAGCCUCCUGCUGCUGCAGCCGGGUAGUCCUCCUCGUAUUCAUUUCCACAGAUCCCAGGCGCGAGAGGUGCGUGCCUUGCUGUGACCUAAGGAACAGUAGAAAAAACUACUACUCCCAGCAUUCCACUGGAGGCUCUUUCCUUGGGGCAAAGUUCACUGUCACAUUGACCGAGGAAGGAUUUGUGGCUAUGGGUGUGUGUAGCCGCCUGUUUUUCCAGUCCAGGUUGAAAACUGAAAAGUUUCAUGCCUUUGGAAUUUGAUUAUUGAAGUGGGCCUUGAUUCAAAAUCCACUUUACGGGUCACUUUCCACAUCAUCAAGAAUCUACAAAGGCAGAAGAGCAAAAAGAUUUCUGCAGAAGAGCCCCCUGCUGUGCAGGCGGUCCGUUGGUGACAGUUAGGAGGGUGUGGCCGAGUUGGGAGUUACUCUGAGCCCUGGCCACUGCAGGGUCCAGGGAGGGAUGAACUUAUUGAGAUUGAGAGAACUAUUUCUGAAUAAAAUAGAAGAAAACACAAUAUCAUCAUAAGGAAAACCAGGGUGCAAAACCAGCUACAUCAGAUCCAAGAGAUACCACAAAAAUGACGGACAAUGGAUAUGUAAAUCCUCAAGAGGAAUGUCAGAUGAAAGAGAAUCUUGAAAAAGACCCAACAGUGACUCCUCAGACUCUUGAGGCUAUAAAGGCAUCAGAGGUCACUGAAGAAACCCAGAUUCAAUGUCCUGUUUCUGGCCUUAAGGAUACCCCUAUAGAGGCAGAAACAAUAGGGUCACAAAGCCUGGAUGCAGAAAAUAAAUCUGCAAGUACUUGUGAAAUAGAUGAAGGGAACUCUCCAGAAACAGAACAAGAGAAGGAAGAGAGCCAGAAUGAUUCCAUCAGUAAACAAGGGUAUUCUCACAACACAGAAGGACUGUGUGAAAGACCCGUGGAUCAAAACAUCAGCAUUUCUUUAAAGGAAAAGGAAAGUCCAACCCCUCUUCAGGAGAAAAGUUCUGCAGUUCUCACAGAAGAUAAUGAGAAAUCCACUAUUCCACAGAAGCCUAAUGCUGAUGAAAAGGUUCCAGACUCUGUGGGAACUCAAAACUCAGUUACUGCUAAAGAAGAACUAGAAAACCAGGUUAUGGUGAGGAAACGUUUCAUACAAGAGGUUAGAAGUCAUCAGCAGGAGUCAGUGGAAACUCGGAGACCUGAAGAAAACAAAGAGAGGGCCCAGGAUGUGGGAAAGAGCCCUGAAAAGACUCUGUGGAGCAAAUUAGGACAUACCAUUGGUUUUUUGGCUGUGUUAAUUUUUGUGGUAGCCUUCAUUUCCAGCUUCUCCUCCCAGGCCCAACAAGUGCCAAAAAACCCUGCUUUGGAAGCCUUCUUGGAUCAGUUCAGCCAACUGAAGGACAAAUUCCCAGGCCAGAGCUCUUACCUCUGGCAGCGAGGACGCAAGUUCCUCCAGAAGCACCUAAAUGCUUCCAGCCCUGUAGAGCCAGCCACUAUCAUCUUUACAGCUGCUCAGGAGGGGAAAGAGACUUUAAAGUGCUUGAGUCACCACAUUGCUGAUGCCUACACGUUCUUCCAAAAUGUCUCUGCCAUUAAAAUUGAUGGUGCUCAUCGGACCUCUCAAGACAGUGACACUGUCAAGCUCUUGGUGGAUAUCGAGCUAAGUACUGGAUUUGAAGUUGGCCGAAAAGCAGCUGUGGUCCAUCGCUUUGAGUCCCUUCCUGCCGGCUCCACUUUGAUCUUCUACAAGUAUUGUGACCAUGAGAAUGCAGCCUUCAAGGAUGUUGCCCUGGUGCUGACAGUUUUACUGGAAGAGGAGACACUAGAAAAAAGUGUGGGUCCAAGGGAAACUGAAGAAAAAGUGAGAGAUUUGCUUUGGGCUAGGUUCACUAACUCAGACACCCCCAGCUCCUUCAAUCACAUGGAUUCAGAUAAACUGAGUGGCCUGUGGAGUCGAAUCUCCCACCUGGUCUUGCCAGUCCAGCCAGUUGAGAAGAUAGAAGAAAAGGGCUGCUUUCUAUAAAGCUAAGCACAGAAUUACAUCAAGUAAAGGCUUCCACUAAAGACAACAUAGCUAUGACUGGUGUUUGAAAACUUUUGAGAGAACCACUCUGAAAAGUGGCCUAUUAAUUUUAGAACAGAUUUGCACUUUGGUAUCUUUUUACCUCUUAUGAUAGCUUUCUAAGUGAAAACUGAUAAAAACCAAUCAGAUUUGAAAUGCAGCACAAUAGUUUUUUUUUCAAUUGUUAUUUUUACAUAUGAAAGAUAACAUCACAGAUCACUCACUGCAUUAGGAGAAUUUUCUUACCUCCAGCAGUUAGCUACAGUCUUCAUUACUGACUUGGGUGAGAUCAUAAGAAGGCAUCUUUUCACCAGGUAGUUAAUGUUCUCACUCAGAGAACUAGCAAAAGAGAUUGCAAAGUCUUGUAGAUUUGCCAAGCUUUAAGUGAUAAUGUCAUUGAAAAUGAGACUGACCAAGAACCAGGUUUCCAGAUAGUUGAGUUGUUGCAAUCAUUAUUGUGACUGCACUAUCUGGUGAGCUGGCUAUGAUGUGUGUGAUCUCAUGAUGGGACUAGAAUGCCUUUUCCUUUUUUGUUUCCCCCAGGCAUCUCAUUUCUGUGUGUUCAUAAAGACACUAAAGAAGGAAUGGAGAACAUUAGUUGAAUGAAUCAAAGGGGUGGAAAGAUCUGGAAUUUGUUGAGAAAAUAAAAUGCUGGGGUGAACUAAAGGGUAUUAUUGAUACAUAAAAAAGAGAUCAUAAGGAUUUAGAAAAGUGUUUUUGGAAAUAAGAAUAGCUGGAAAAUGGGCUUUUAUAAUCAAGCCUUUUUUUAUUUUUUACAGUUAGGCUCAAUUUGGUGGGAAGUGGCCAAGCUCUAGUUGGUUUGUUUUAUAAUUUUUUUGACUUAACAAUGAAAUUUCAUAAUAGUUGAGGUAAGAUAUGAAUAGAAGCUUAAAACAUUAUUGGAAUUGAUAUCCUUGUAGCUGUACUGAAAAAGCAGAAAGAAAAAAGUGAGAAAAAUUGAUAUGUUUUGGUUCUCCCAGUAUUUACAUAUCACAGACAGCCUCAAUAUAAAUAAAACCAUUAGUGCCUUGAAGAACAAUUUUAUCAGACCACAGAAAUGAGCUACCUCAAGUCUUGUCUAAGGAGAGAACCAGGCUGGAGCAUGCAUUUCUGUUAUGUUAGAUGUUGAACCUUGCUGUUAGCUCAGCACUUGAAAUUGGGAUUAGUUCUUUUUAUCUUUAUCAGUUUAACAUUUUUUAUCAUCUCUACUUCAAGAGGUAACCCAGAAAUGUAAUAUUCUUGGUGAUUUAUUAAUUCCUUUUGCUAAAACACACUUUUCCUUCCAUUUGAAGAUCAAAGUUAAUUCUCUCAAGACAUCAAGUUCACGUAUUUAGCUUCAAAGAUCAUUUGAAUAAGAGCACUAUAUUAAGAAAACUUGCAUCUUCUUAAAUGAGUAAUAUAUUUAUUUUUUAAAGCUCAAAACCAUAUUUUUAAAAACAAAAACUGACCAAAGCCUAUAAUUUUUUAUAAUCUCUUAAAUUAUUCUCCACAGAUCUUUUAAAUGCUAUUCAGAUUUUUAAGCCUGUUAUUCUUGCUGCUUUCUUGUUUCAUUACUUAAAAUUGUUACUUGCUUGACUUACAAAAUUGUUUCUUGAACAUAAUACAUGACCUGUAACUUUAAAUUUUUUCACGUGUAUCUUGAAAUAUUUCCAGAUAACAAUGAGUUAAGAAAAAUAAACAUACCUAUAAACCAAUCCUUUAAUAUUAAGAUUGCAAAAGAAAGCAGGAGUCAAGAAUUUCAUCUAUUGACUAAAUGACUUCCUUUAUUUUGAACUCCUUCCUAAGUAUAUUUGGUGAUUGUUAAUACAUUUGCAAAAAAAGAAGCAACUAGAUGCAUCUAGUAGAAGUUCCUUGAGUUAACAUCACUCAGAUGACUUUGCAAAUGUGCCUUUUCUCUGGUUUAUACUAAAUUCUAGAUCUCAAAUUGUAACAUAGCUUAUUAUAAGGUCCCAAAUUCCCCGAGCCCUGAUUGAAGAUGACUUCAAUAAAUUCAUUUCCAGUUUUACUCCCCUUUA